UGUUCCUGCAGCCUUGAUGUUUUGAUUUUCGGUGAUUAAACGGUUCAAAUCCGGGCAGAAGCGUGUCGGAACCAUAAUCGGUGUGAAUGCGGUUUCCCGUGCCCUGACUCAUAUUCACCGGGAGGUGGCGGCAGGGCAGCAAGUGGACCGGGCUGCCGCUGCAGAAGGAGCGCACCGACACGUUUCCGGAUCUCACGGUGAAUCACGCAGAAGAACGCUUCAGAACCAUCCGAACCAUGGCGCCAGCUGCGGACCUCGGCCGGGUUCUGUGCAUCAUCACCGGGGCCUCCAGAGGCUUUGGCCGGGCCGCGGUUAAAGAGCUGGCCCGGUUGGUGAGACCCGGAUCGGUGCUGGUCCUGGUGGCCCGGUCUGGGGAAGACUUGCUGACUCUGCAGGCCGAGCUGACCCAGUCCGAACCGGGCCGAACCGGGCUGAAGGUGGAGGUGGUGGUGGCUGACGUCGGACAGACGGAGGGUCUGGAGAACAUCAUCAGAACCUCCAAAAAGGCUUCAAACGAGGACCUGGACCACGUGAUUCUGAUCAACAACGCGGCCUCUCUAGGGGAUGUGUCCCGUUACACUAAAAGCUUCACGGAGAUGUCUGAGGUGGACUCGUACCUGUCCCUGAACGUCAGCUCCGCUCUCUGUCUCACUGCCAGAGUCCUGCAGGCCUUCCCACAACGUCCUGGUCGACGGAGGACCGUCGUCAACGUUACGUCUCUCUGCGCCCUGCAGCCUUUCUGCUCCUGGGUUCUCUACUGCACUGGGAAAGCUGCUCGGGAGAUGAUGUUCAGGGUUCUGGCUGAGGAGGAACCGGACCUCCGGGUUCUGAACUACUCUCCAGGACCUCUGGACACCAACAUGCAGGUGGAGGCCCGGUCCAAAACGGCCGACCCGCACAUGAAGAAGACGUUCUCCGACAUGUUCUCUGGAGGUCAGCUGCUCACCUGUGAGGCGUCCUGCUCUAAACUGAUGAAGAUUCUGCUGGAGGACACCUUCACGUCAGGAACCCACAUUGAUGUCUUUGAUGUGUAAAAGCAGAACCCACCUUCUCCAGAACCCGCAUUCUUCUUUUUAACUGGAAUCGAAAAGUUUUAAUCGUGUUUUUUAGGUUUUCUGUUGCGUCGGAUUCACUUUCAGAACUUCAGCGUAUUUUCUAGAGUCCAAGGCCUUCAUUCAUCAACCGUACUUGCACACAGAUCUGAGCCCGUGUGGUGCGUAGCAACGAUUUUACAACAGGUGUGGUAUUUACCAUCUUGUACCGGUGUGUAGAAAUGUUCCUGAACAUCAGAACAGCUCUGGCCAUGCGUAGGAGCAGCAUCUAGUGGUAGAAUGGGGCACUGCAACACUGAAGGUCUCAGCCAUCUAAUUAUUUGACCCAGCCAGUAAUGAUGUCUGUGUGGAAAUGGCUUCAUCAGCUGUCCCUUACGGCUGUCAGAACCUAGAAGGACACCUGUGACCCACGGGAACCUGACGGGUAGCGUGGCUGAUCUGCUGUUGAGGACCUGGCAGAGCGAGCUCUCUGGAAGGAGCGGGUCCUCUGUGAGCGAUCUGAUCUGUGGGUGAGAAUCCACAGUGGCUCAUGUGCAGGUACCGCUUCCAGAAGGAGGUCCCUCUGGAGCUACGUCUCCUCCACUCGGCUCCCCGAACAUCCAGACGUUGCCAAGGUAACCAAACUGACUGAUAACUCUGCAAUCAGACAGUCAAACCAGAACAAAACCAACUCCAGGCAGAACAUGUAAACUGUAAAUGACAACAGAACGUUCGGUUACGUUACGGUUUUUCAGAUUCGGCUUCACGUGGAACCGUUUUUUUUAUUUAUCUCUGACAGGAACCUCUCCUCUGUCACGACCACGUUUACCACGCCUGCCACUUUCUCCCAGGCAGCGUUCCGUCUUUUCCUGGUUUCUCCUGAGCUGAGAGAAGUUCUGCUUCGGCAGACAGAGCCUCGGUCUCGCUGUCGCUGGUGAUUCUUCUUUCCCAGGAAGAAGGCAGGGAUUCCUCAUGAGCUUUAGAGGAUGUGAUGUGACCAGAUAUGGUUAAUUGAGGGCGUCUCUGUAUGUAAAUGAUUGAACGGACACGAGCGCUUGGGUAUGGUCAGGUGGGAUUUAUCGUCGGUUAAGUUGUGGAGGAUCGUGCGUACGAGAAGCCACCGCAUGUUUGGUAAACCAGGAUUUGACGGUUUGUACGAUUAUUCUAGAUUCCAUUCGUAAGAAGGAAUAUAGGACAGUUUCUACGAACGGUUGAUAAAUGAGUCCCUGGAAUUUUCUUUGGUUUGUAGGAUCUAUAGAACAUAAAUGUUCGUCCUCAGUUGUGGGUUUGAAUCCCGCUGCCACAUGUUGAGUCCUCUAAAACAUGAAGCAGCUUGUUUAUGUUGAUCUGAUGUGAUGAUAUGAAACAGAUGUUUGUUUAGAAAAGCUAUAGGAAUGAUCUCAGACAUGAGUGAGCUGGUCACAGCUGCUUCAGUGGAACUUCAGGGUCCGAAGGUCAGAACAUCAGGGUCCGAAGAUCAGAACAGUGGAACAUCAGGGUCCGAACAUCAGACCAGUGGAACUUCAGGGUCCAAAGAUCCUCCCAAGGCUGCAUUUUAAGUCGGACUGCAUCACAGCUAAGGGACAAGGCAAUCUGAAUAUAAAGAAGAUGCGUCCUCAUUUCCCCCGAAUUUCAAUGACCGUUCUUUAGUGACUGGAUUUAUGCUGAAGUAGGGGUAAAAGGAAAGACUGUCCAAUUUAUUAGCCGCUCACUUCUGACCUUAGUGGUUGUGGAAGGACCUGAUCUUUGUUGACCGAGGAGAACUGGUCCUCUCAAGGUGCGGUGCAGUAAAGGGAAAUAAGAUUGUUGGUCCAACACAAAAGUACUGGCUUCGCUAAACAUACAUGUGGUUGGUUAAUGAUUAGCGUGUUUAAGCUAGUAAUGCGGUUGUUUGACGGGACAUCACCGUGCUAUUGACUAGCUUUUAUUGUUAGCCUGUUGCUGUUUCUGUUUAAUAGUGUUGUAAAACCAUAGACAAAGAGUCAGAGUUUAUUGUUGAUACCAGCUAGCCUCUUCCCAGUUUGACCUGAACAUUAGCAUUAGCUUCAGACCCAACUCUGGUCCUCGAGGGCCACCAUCCUGCUAAUUCUCUGUGUUUCCUGCUCUACCACACCUGAAUGAAGUGAUUUAAUCAUCUCCUUACCACUUUAACUCUACCCAGGCCUGUUACUUACUCAUUUGUUUUAAUCAGGUGUGCAGUAGCAAAGAAACAGCUAACAUGCAGGAUGCUAGCCCUCGAGGACCAGAUUUGGUGACCUCUGCUCCAGAGCUUCAGUCGGCUCUCAGAAACGGUACCAUUAAAGAUAUUUGAGCUUAUGAAAUUUUAAGUAGUGAUUUUCUAAAUUGAAUAUUUUUAUAGUGCCUUCUUAGGGUUCUACAACCCCCCAAAGCGCUUCACAACACAGUCAUUCACAUGCUGAUGAGCUACGAUGUAGCCACAGCUGCCCUGGGGCUCACUGACACAGGCAAGGCCUGCCAAACAGACGCCACCGGUCUGUGUUUUGUCUUUAGUCUGUAUCUUAUUAAUGUGCCUUACUAAUGUGCUUUAAGCUUUGACUUAAAUGUGAUAAUUGUUGCCAUAUGUCACUGCCAAACUCCGAUUUUAUUCCCUUAACCUUUUCCUCAGCAUUAAUGUAGGUAUUUUUUAUAAAUGUGUUGAACAGGGAGAGCUUUCUGCUUUGUGCUGUAUGAACGUGGCAGAACAAAUAAUAAAAAUCUCACAUUUA